AGAAUGAGGUCUACACUAUAAAAGUGACCUUUUUACACUCUCAUCUGUAUGUUGUUGGGUGGGUGCUCAGAGUAAUAGAUAGAAAACAAAAAGAGAGAAUAUUUGCAGAGAAGCUUUGAAUCUUGAAUCCAUGGCUGAGAACAGGGAGGAGGAUGUUAAGCUUGGGGCAAACAAGUUCACAGAGAGGCAGCCUUUGGGCACAGCUGCUCAGACAGACAAGGACUACAAGGAGCCACCACCAGCACCUCUGUUUGAGCCUGGGGAGCUGAAAUCAUGGUCCUUUUACAGGGCUGGGAUUGCAGAGUUUAUGGCUAUCUUCUUGUUUUUGUACAUUACUAUCUUGACUGUUAUGGGGGUGGGCAGAGCAAACAACAAGUGUGCUUCUGUGGGUAUUCAGGGGAUUGCUUGGGCCUUUGGUGGCAUGAUCUUUGCACUUGUUUACUGCACUGCUGGUAUCUCAGGUGGGCACAUCAACCCAGCAGUGACCUUCGGUCUGUUCCUGGCUAGGAAGCUUUCCUUGACCAGGGCUCUCUUCUACAUUGUGAUGCAGUGCCUUGGAGCCAUCUGCGGAGCCGGGGUGGUCAAGGGGUUCAUGAAGGGACCAUAUCAGACGCUCAAGGGCGGAGCCAACUUUGUGAACCAUGGCUACACCAAGGGUGAUGGCCUUGGUGCUGAAAUUGUCGGCACCUUUGUUCUUGUCUACACUGUUUUCUCUGCUACCGAUGCCAAGAGAAACGCCAGAGACUCACAUGUCCCUAUUCUGGCUCCGCUUCCCAUUGGGUUUGCUGUCUUUCUGGUUCACUUGGCCACCAUUCCCAUCACUGGAACAGGCAUCAACCCUGCCCGGAGCCUUGGAGCCGCCAUCAUUUACAACAGAGAUCACGCAUGGGACGAUCACUGGAUCUUCUGGGUCGGACCAUUCAUCGGAGCAGCUCUUGCCGCAGUUUACCACCAGAUUAUCAUCAGAGCCAUACCUUUCAAGAGCAGCAGGGCUUGCUAAGUUGCAAUAUAUCUUGAUUCUAAUGUGCCUUUUUUUCUUUCUUUGUUAAGUCUUAUUCGUUCUCCUCUCUGUUUGUUAAGCCAUCUAUUUGUAUGUAAAUGAUGAGGAUCUAUGUAUUGAUGCUUGUUGCAUCCUAUGUAUGAAUAAGUAUUUACCA